AUGUCCGUCCAAUCCUCCUUACAGGCGACAACGUCCCUCGUCUCCCAAACGAAGCACUUAUCCAACCAGUUCAGAAAGUCGUGCUCGGUCAAAGCGUCGACGACGACUUCUUCUUCAAUCGACACGAACACAUUCGCGUUGCACGGGAAAUCGGGGCGAAAAUGUAUGCUCACCGGGAAACGAGCGAAUAACGGGUACACGGUGUCGUUUUCGCACAUUCGCAACAAGAAAUUGCAACAGGCGAAUUUACAGGUACGUGUCAGAAGUCGUUUGAUGUCGCCAGUUGGGUUGCGCGUUUGUUUUCCGCAACGAUGCCAUAAUUCUUCUUUCUUUUAUCCACCCUCGUUCGGGUUUUCUCAGCCGGAAUUUACCUCAAAAGCUCACCUCUUGAAACUUCUCUUUUUAUCUUCCUUUCAACUCUUCUUACAGUACAAACGCGUAUACUGGCCGGAACAAAAGCGAUACAUUCGCUUGCGCAUUUCCACCAAAGCGAUUAAAACUUUAAACAAAGUAGGUCUGGAAAAGAUGGCGAAAGACGCCGGGUUAGACUUGAUGUCUUUGGCGUACCAACAAGCGGACGAGGCGAGAGCCGAGUGGUUAGCGGCGAACGCGGGCGAAGAACCGACGAGAAAGGAUAAGAGAGCACCGACUGGACCGAAGAAGUUAUUCAUCCCGAAAUGGAAAGAGGCGAGAAUGAGCAAAUUGAGCCCGGAGGCGAAGGAUGCGGAGACGAAGAGGUUUGCGGAGAAGUACAACAUGACCUUGGCGUAA